UAUCAAUGUUUAUCGACUUAUAUAGGAUUACAUAUCAUUUGUCAUUCGCUAUAAUUAUUAAUUGAACUGUCUUAGCUUUUAAAUCAUGAAUUUAUCCUUGAAUUUUGAGGACGCGUUAACUAAAUCGGGUGCGUCACCGGUAGCUGUUAUGUUGUCUGACGGGUACGGGGUGUAUUGGUGACCCCUUUCACAAGAUAAGCCGAUGACCCGAUGCUUAAGUGAAUGCCUUUGAAAGGGACAAUCCAAUUCAGCUAGGUACUACUUAGUUUUAUCGCAGUUGGCAUUAGUUUGACUUCUAUACUGUUAAAAUGACUUGUAUUUGCUCAAAAAUCGGCUGACAGAACAAUGAAAAAUCAUCGAAACCUGAGCUUCUGUGUCAAACCGGAAGUACAUAUGUCAACUUAUUUUGGUCGUGUUUAUAAACCCCAGGAUUAUGCUUUAUUUGUGCGUGCUUCGGUGUUGAUUCAUCGCUGGAUAGAUUACUCAACCAGGAGGUUCACAUCCAUAAUGGCAUCCUGGUGUUGAAGAAGACAGGAUGGAGUAACCAUAACAACCAUCCUACGGUAUCCAAUCAUAUCCUCCCUUUUAUCCACCGGACUCUCCUUGCCCUAAUGUCGCCGAGCUCAAACUCUUCAAACGUCAAGUCGCCACAUAUUCAAGCUUAUUCUCAGAAUUCCAAAUCGUGUUAAAACUGGAUUGUGAUUUUCUAACUUGGAGCAUUUCUACCGAAGUGUAUAAAGAAUGUGUUUAGAAAGUGACAUAGUCGAGUAGUGUUGUCGCAAAAAAAGUUGUAUUCUGCAUAUUUCUGUACCUUUUCUUCUUCAUAUGAAAAUACAACUUUGUUUAUCAUCGUCAUCUCAUCUGUUAUCAAUGGCAGGAUGGCACGGAACCAGGACAGUCGUUACGACGUGUUGAGGGCAAGUCGGCGUAGAAGUGGAAGUGUGGUUGAUGAAGUAGAAAAUCUACCGCCCAGCGUAAAAGAUGAGAUGGAGACCCAGGAGAGUGUGAAAUCUGCUCCAAUCGUCAACGAAAAUGUGUUCAAUAACGGUGAUGGAAUUGGACGAUCCCACGUUAAAUUUCGAUCCAACGUCAGCAAAAUUAAGGAGAUGUUCCAGACAGGAGAUGAUGUGAAGGCAGGAGAGACAAAAAGCAACCCGACUCGACAUCCACCCCCAGUUCCCGAAAAGUCCCCAGAAAUAAAAAAGAAAAAAACUUUUGAUCUUUCGAGUAUCAGAGCAGGUAAGGCUUUGUCUCCCCCAAGGUCUUCCGAUCCGAAGAAGCUACUAGAUGCGACGAAUCAUGUAGAUAGGUUUAACUAUACUCGUGCACUGUUCGCACGAUUAGACCAACAGGCACGCGCUAACACACUGGAACCUGAUCGAUAUCUAGCAAGGAAAACUUCGCCAAGAACUACUUCUCCAUCCCCAAUUCUUUCUCCUACAUUGAGUUCUCCAUCCAGUCCGGAAGGUAGAGUUCGCUCCCCUUCUGAGGAUGUUCUUAUUAAUUCACAUUCCGAACCUCUUGAAACUGUAGGUAAACGUCGUUCAUCCUCAGAACCUGCAGACAGGGACGAUUCUGUUCCGACAUCGCAUGGUUUUGGACGACGUUCUCGUGCUGAUCAGAGACCAAACAAUCUAGCCUUUCAACAAGAUGUGAUACGAACUGAGAAGUCUGCUCCAAAGCCGUCGCUUCCUCUACACAGUAAUGCCCCUGGUGGGUUGUUAUGGAAACGGCGACAACAUUCGGAUGCAAGUAAUGAUGAACACAAGUACGGUGUGAGUAGGUAUCGCAAAGAGGAAAAACCUAUGCAGACAGAAUCUAGUGACACGGAUAAAAACCAUUCCCGAAACUAUGACCUGUCAGUACAGUCCGGAUACUCCGGCCGGACACGACAGAGCAGAGACGAUACGAGGAGUAGAUCUGGAUCACAUGAUAAUUCAGAUUCAUUGGCUAGUAACGAUAAGCCUUCCAGUGAUAGUGAUUCGAGAUCAGGUGGAGUAGUGCUACGUCGUAAACGUAAAGAUGACAGUUCUUCGGCAGUAGCUGAUGGCAAGAGAGUUAGUCGUGAAGAAAUACAGGCAGCUUUGCUGAAGGCGGAUAAAUACUGGAAGCAUGAUAACAAGUCGGACUUCCAAGCUAAACGGAGGUCCUGGGAAGUGCGAGAACAAAAGUCGGAUGUUGCGGAUAGUUUCUUCGAUUGGAAGAAGCACAAACAUCAAGGUCUGCCCCAGAAGUCACGAUCAAUGGAUGCAUUAGAUGAUUCUGAACCUAGCAGUUCUAAAAAACAGAAUUUCGUAGAAAGCAUAUCUGAUGAUGACGAUGACCCACGUGUCCAAAAUGGGGAAGUUAGUGGGGAAGGAAAACAAACGAAAGCUAGUGUCCGUGUAAACAUUCCUCAACUUGACCUGACGUCGCGGGUCAGAUCCGACUCCGAGUCUAGUGAUUCCAAAUCUGAUGUCCAAGAAUCUGGACAGCCUCGGACCAGAAAAGUGUCCUCCAACAAGCCAAAACCUCCGAUUCCCACAAAACCUGCCAUCGUGCCAAAACCCACGCCUGUUCCACGUAAACCACAGUCGUUCCUCAAGUCCAGCACUACAUUAGAGGAUGAUGAUGACCUGCCUCCAUCAUCAACCCCUCCCCCCAUCCCAGACUCCUCCCCACCAGAUGAAAUUCUUGAGUCGAUAACUGAUGACACUUCCUUGGACGUUGAAUUGUCGGAACGGCCUCCCCCUCCCCCGUAUCCAGUCCCAGAAACCCCUCCUCCUCCCUAUAGUCGAGCCCUUGGACAGGUCAUCAAGUCCUCACCACCGAAUUUGUCUUCAGAAGAACUGCCCUCUCCCCCGUCACCGCCACCACCACCACCACAUGUUCCAAAUACAGAGGUCGAAGAAGAGGUAAUUGAGGUGAAGGUAACCAGCACGGAACAGUCUGCUCCCCUGCCAGAAGACCCGCCACUGUACGAAAAUGUGGGCGGCGUGUCGAUCUAUGAGAAUGUUGUGGGACCAGGGACGGUUUCAAUGAGGCAGGGAAGAGUCCAACAAGGGAGAGAACUUGUGCCACCCUCUCCAGACGAGCCGCCACCUUCACCUGUUGUACGCAUGGUCAAGCAGAUGACGGAGGAUGAGAGUGACCACUUUCAGACCAAACGAUCCCGUGGGGGUGUUUACGUGGAAACAAAGGACCAGACAUCAGACAGCCAGUACGAAGGUGAGGACAUCAUUCCGCCGCGGGAAGCUGGCGACGGCCAUGAGGAACCAGACUCCAUUUUGAUUGGAGAGGAGUAUUCUACUGAUGAGAUUGUAGAUUACAUCGAGAUCCCGGGAUUAAGUAGCGGCAAUGCGAGCGAGUCUGAUGACGGCUAUGAUGACGUUGACUAUCACAAACCUUCAAAGAUACGAUUUAGUAAAGGCCCAAUAAUGGUGUUCCCGACAUUUUCGACGGAGGAGUAUGAUCGGCGAAAUGAGGAUGUAGACCCAGUAGCAGCGUCUGCUGAAUAUGAACUGGAAAAACGGGUGGAAAAGAUGGAUGUUUUCCCCGUAGACCUCGUCAAAGGUCCCGAGGGGCUUGGCCUGAGUAUCAUUGGUAUGGGGGUGGGGGCAGACGCAGGACUGGAAAAACUUGGGAUCUUCAUCAAAACCCUGACAGAGGGUGGGGCUGCCCAGAGAGACAACAGGAUCCACGUAAACGACCAAAUCAUUGAGGUGGAUGGUAAGAGUUUGGUGGGAGUCACGCAGGCCUAUGCUGCCUCAGUCCUUCGCAACACGAGUGGAACUGUAAAGUUUAUGAUUGGUCGAGAGAAAGAUCCAAGUAAAAGUGAAGUUGCACGGCUGAUUCAGCAAUCACUGGAGCAAGACCGUCGGCGUGAAGAGAUGAGGAAGCGGGACCAGGAGCGACUUCAGCAUCUACAGGAUGAGGUUAAGCCACGCGAUGAAGUGGCGGAACACCAACAUCAGCGACGUCUGUCGGAGAGUGAAAAGGACAUCUUACUGGAUGAUGAUAAGGAUGUGGAUGAGUCUGAAGGGAUGGACGAAGAGGAGGAUGAGGAAGAAGAGGAAGAUGACAGUGAUGAGAGCGAGGGAGGAUAUGCAAUGGAAACAGAGGAGACAGCAGCAGGGGAGGCUACUCCAAUGUCACUUCCUUCAGGGCUGGACAGUACAGAGAACAGCAUUAGUUCCCCUGAAGAGGGCACCAAUCCCAACAUAGAGGUGUUUGACCUACAAGAGAGUAGCAGUGAAUCUAUAUCACCUGACAUGGAGUCUCAGGCUCUGUUUGUUAAACUUAAGGAGGCUCAGUAUAAGAAGGCAGUGUCCGAGGCAGAGCUGGCCAAACUGAAAGGAAAGCUCAUCCACCUAGAAAGCAUUGAGAACCAGAAGAAGGACUACGAGAAGAAGUGUGAGUCGAUGGCUAAACAACUCCGAGACCAGGAGAAAAAUCUGGAGAAGUCUCGCAAGGAAAUGAACCAGUAUCAGGAUCUGUUGGAGGGCUCCCAAGGGCAGUACAUAGCCCUGGAGAAGAGGAUGAAAGGUGACUUUACAGCUCUGGAGAAGAAGUACCAUAAGGCCAAGAAACUCAUUAAAGAGUACCAGUCGAGAGAAAAGGAUUUCAUCCAGGAGAGAGAAUCUCUGUUACAACAGCAAGCGGAAAAGGAUCAGCAAUACAACGCUCUGGUCAAGUCACUCAAGGACAGGGUUUUCCGGCUAGAGGGCGAGCUUGCUGAAGUUCAGGCGGCAGCUGGUCUACCCAUCGUUAUUCCUAAGGAAUCAACAACACCACAAAAAACAGUGGAGCUUGACGUCCUACUUAAAACCAAGACUCCCCCCACCCAGUCAGCACCCCAAGAACAAACUUCGAAGGCCCUGAAGCACCAGAUGUCGGAUAGUGUUUCGUCAAUUUCGUCUGGGUCGGAUGGAUCACCAGUAGACACUGUGGGCAGCCCAGAACCGGAAGUGCUUGAAAGUGAGCUUGACCGUGACCUUGACCGCAAUGGACAUGCUGAACAUGACCUUACACUGACCGGUGUGAUUCCAGAGACGUCACUCUUGGACACGACGGCCAACAAAAAUAAGGGUCAAGUUGGCAUGACAGGGGGAAAUGCUAGUCGCAGAUUACCAACGAAACGUAACAAAUCUCAAGAAAGUCUAAGUGAGGCAGCAGAUGGAGAAGUGAAAGCAGAAAACGAAAGCCGACUAGAGGCUUGGAUGAAACAUGACAGCGAUGGAACAGUGAAAAAAAGUGCUUCUAAGAAGAAAAAGCCACAGGACGUGCUCCUGCCCCCCACAGUACCACCGCCCCUACCGCCUUGUCCAGCAACUGUAGAUGUUACAGACACCGACACUCAAUCUCAACAUUCCCAGUCAAACCAAUCAGAGGAGAGCUCCUCAACUGUUUCACAAACAUCAUAUGACCCAUCCAAUCCGAAUUUCAAAAACUUGGAAUCAGAAAUUCCAGAAACCGUUUCCAUAGAUACCUCGGUGUCUGCAAGCUCUACAAGUGGUACCAGUUCAGGUUCAGGGACCAAGUCAUCUAGCAAAGGAAUAGGACUUCCGAAAUUUUUAACCUUCGGAAAGUCAGGGAGUAGGGAUAUUUCCGGCGGAGGAGUGGUAUUGUUAUCCAAAACACCCUUGGAUGGAGCGAAGUCCUCCAACAAAAAUUCCGGGGGCAUCACUCUCCUGUCGAAGCAAUCAUUAGGAGAUGACGUGUCGUUAGGGAGUCGAGACGGUGACGGGGUCAUCUUGGUGUCCAAGCGCCCCCUGGAUGCUGCAUACUCCACUGAUUCAAUAUCUAUGGAUGUGAACAGGAAAAAGGCUGACUCUACACAAGGUGCCAGUACAGUAAGUGACACUUCGUCGUCAUUCAUGGUACAAGAUUACGAAGACGAGGACUGGAAACAGAAGUCGGCCCACACCUUCAAUAUUUCUGGGACACCGACCACAGAGGAGACACCUACAGGACCUGGAAGUCGACGAACCAUGAAUCAGUUCCAGUCAGGGGGGAUUUCUGAGUGGACCAGUGAAAGCGUGUGCCACUGGCUGAUGGCACUAGAGAUGGACAAAUAUAUCCCUAUGUUUAAGGACAAGAAUGUCUCGGGCACACAGUUACUGCAAUUUGAUGGUGCGAAACUGAAGGCUCUCGGUGUGACCUCGAGCAAAGACAGAGACCUACUCAAAAAGAAGAUUAAAGAAAUUAAAAUGGCUUUGGACAAGGAAAAGAAACUUCAAGAUAAAGAAAGGAAAGCCAAGGAAAAAGAACAAAAGAAAUUACAAAAGAAAAAGUGAUUUAAUUGUUAUCUCCCUUUAAUUGGAAAAGUGGAGUUAUGGCCCCUUAAAUAUUGAGUUUUAGGUAUGAACAUUGCUUUUUCUCUGGUAGGAAGUCAUACAAAUGACUGUUCCUCAAUGUCGAGAUUCCGGCAGUGUUGAAUCAUGUAAAGAUUGUUUUAAGUGACCAGUGAUUGGUGAACUGGUUGGCCGUAGGAGCCGGUCAGUGAUUGGUGGACUGGUUGGCCGUAGGAGGCGGUCAGUGACCGGGUCACACAGAUUGGUCUGGGUUACUGUGAUACUGAGUGACAUCACUGACGUCUCUCCUCCAGUAACAUUGACUCAUUUUAAAGUUAACCUCGUUCAUAUAAGAAUGUAACCAGUGUGAAUGUCGACAUCUUAAUCCUGGUAUUUUCGUGUGAGCUGACAUAGUCCUCCGUCAUUGUGCGAGUGAAAUGCAUCGUUGUCCUGUUCAUUUCAGAUCAUUGCCUACACAGGAUAUUACAAUAGGGAACAAAAACGCUCGGUCAAAAUAAACAAGUUUUUAAAUUGAAAUGUUUCAUUUCCAUCAAAUGUUUGAUCACCGAUGUAACUUCACACCUAGUUCACUCAUGGAUUUCAUCUCGUUCAGUUCAGACAAGUCAUGCUUGGAUGAUGGCAGGUUCACUUAGAUUCUGUUUUCUAUAGUUUAGUCUAGAGAGGCUUUGUCGUACAAUCGAUAUUUAUUGUGAUAGAUAUGUGUUAUAAUUUCCUCAAUCACAAAAUGAUCAGAUAUUUUUUUUAUGUGUUUCAGGUAUCCCAAUCGCGAUCUACUCUAGAUUUUUCUGCAGACCAUAAAAAUUUCAUCACCUACUUGUAUCUCAUAUUAAUCUAUAAGCCAGGCAAAUUUAAUGUUUAAAAUUUAAUAUAAAACUUUUUAUUGAUCCAUGAAAAUAAAAAAUUAAAUGAAAUUAAUUGCCUACCAACCUAUCCUAUGUUUUUUCAGGCAUGUCUCCUGAAACACACAUUUUUUUUAUAUAUUUAUUUUGGCAACAGAACAAAAUGUCAAAUAUUGGAAAAUACUUUUAUCAGUUCAUGUUGGCGCUGAUCUCCAGGAAUGAACAAGACUCGGAGCUGGUAGUAGACCAUUCCGUCUUUGCGUAUUGCAGAGUUAUCUUCUCUUGGGACCAGAUAUUGAUUGUUACUUCACUUGUUUGU